AUGUGCUUCCAAGAAAUCAUCAAGCCUAUCCAAACAAGUAUUUUGUCAUCUUUAUAUCCCGAAACCGGAAUUGCAUUCUUCACUCGUUAUCUGCGUUUAAUCAUAAAUUCGCGACCAGUGGCCCCCUCGUCAGCUUCGCAGCAGCCAUACCUAAAACGCACCGAAAGCAGCUCGUACCUCGUCAGCCCAACAAUGACGACAAAGCAUCCUACCAUUCUCGAGAACUCGAUUAUUCCAACCCGAUCAUGGCUAUUGCGAUCAUUACCUCCUAGAUUCUGGCUGCACAGGAUAGAGCCGGUUUACGCGUACACUCUUUUGGCCAUCGUUAUCGCCAUCCUAUUCCAGAUCGCAGUCCACUCGAGACGGCGGAUACGAAAACUAGAAACAAAGGUUCAGGCCAUGAAGGAUGCCGUCGACGGAAUGCUAGCAAACAUGAAAAUCGUGAGGGAAGAGCUGGACACGAUGCGCGAGGUUGACCGUGAUGAGAAGCUGUGCCUCGUGGAGAGCUUCAAUGAACUUCUCGGUCUGGUGCAGGGGAAAUCCAGCGGGAGCGACGUGACGCGGGAAAAGGAUUCGGACAAUCGGAGGUCUAAUGACGACUUAGCACGGGACAUCGAGCGCGAGCACGAGGUCGGAGAUGAUCAAGAGGAACGGGUUGGAGCUGGGCAUUUCGAAGAGGGUGCGGAAGAUGGCUUGUCGUCGUGUCCCUGGUGUUCGCACGCGCACGAGCUGGGACUCGGCGAUUGCUCUGGGGACGGGACUUGCGAUUUCUCGGCCCACAUCCCAUAUUGUCCGAGUUGUAUCUACAAGAAGGGCGGGGGGGAGGCAGAGGAGGUGCGGAAAGGAGGAAUUGGUGGAGAUGGUUCGGUUGUGGGUAUGGCGGAUGACGAUGCCAGUGGGGAGACCUGA